AGAAUAGUGAGUUAAUCAUUUCAAAUCAAUUUACUCUCUGUAAAUAAUCUAUAAACAGAACGGAAAGAUUAUUAGAGAGAGAGAGAGAGAGAGAGAGAGAGAGAGAAAUCAGAGAUAAUGGUAUGGAGGAGAUGCUGCUAUGGGGAGGUUGUGCCAUUCGCAGCCAUGGCAGCAGUAGAGUGCACCAACGUGGGCUUAAACACCUUAUUCAAAGCAGCCACUUUGAAAGGGAUGAGCUACCUUGUGUUCAUCCUCUAUUCUUAUGCUCUUGGCUCUCUUAUUCUUCUCCCUCUUCCUUUCAUCUUUCGCAGAAUGGAUCUUUCAUCAUUCAAAGUCUCGAUCCUCUACAGAAUUUUCAUCCUCGGACUCAUUGGGUUUUCAGCCAACAUAUGUGCAUAUAAAGGUAUAGAAUACAGUUCGCCUACUCUGGCUUCAGCUUUGAGCAACCUUACCCCGGCCUUCACUUUUGUACUAGCCAUCAUUCUCAGGAUGGAAAAUGUGGGUUUGAGAAGAACAAGCAGUCAUGCCAAAAUCAUUGGCACUGUAGUAUCAAUUUCAGGUGCAUUGGUGGCACUACUCUACAAGGGCCCAACAUUGCUAUCUUCUUCAUCUCCAGUACCAUCCAAUAAACCUCAUCAGUACCCGUUGGCUUUGGCUACAGCACAGACAAAUUGGAUAAUAGGUGGCCUCUUACUUUCUGCUGAGUACUUUCUUCUCUCAAUCUGGUAUAUCAUUCAGACCCAGGUGAUAAAAAUAUACCCAGAUGAGCUAAGUGUGACACUCGUAUACCUACUGUGUACAACAAUUAUCGCAGCACCAAUAUGCAUUUUGGCAGAAACCAACUCUAGUGCAUGGAGACUAGGGCCUGAUAUAUCAUUGGUCACCAUAAUUUUCUCAGGAUUCUUUGGUCCAUCCUUCAGUACUUUGGUUCACACAUGGGGUCUGUACUUGAAGGGCCCUGUUUAUAUAUCUAUUUUCAAGCCAUUUUCAGUUGUUGUUGCAGCUGUUUUGGGUGUCAUGUUCCUGGGUGAUGAUCUCCAUCUUGGAAGUGUUCUUGGAGCAAUAACAAUGUCAGUUGGGUUUUAUGGUCUAAUAUGGGGAAAAGCAAAAGAAGAAGAAAUGAUACAUGAAGAUAAUAUGGGGAAAACCCCUUUGUUGUAAAGUAACAUAGCUUUUUUUUCUUUUUCUUUUUCUUUUUUUUUUCUCUUUGAAUGUAAUGUAGACAUAGCUUAAGAGAUAUAAAUAUAUGUAAAAAUAAGUCAUCAACAGCGGAUUAUUUGUGAUGAUCAAGGAAACACUUAUAUAUCUCAUAUUGGGAAUAACCUACCCUUUAU